AGGGGUGAAUUAUUCAUAAGCUUUAAAAACAACAAAUGUUACACAAACUUUAGGUGUAUGUAAUGUUAUAGUUAUAGUUUAUAUUUUUUCUGUAAUGGAUUUUUCUUUUGUUUGGCUUUGUUGUUUACAACAUCUUUGGCGACGAGAAGUAAUUCAGAAAAUGUUGAAAUGCAUCUAUCCACUGCAUCCCAAUGUGAAGUUCGAAAGUAUUGAGAAGGUAUCAGAUAAAGUUUAGUUAACUGAAUGAAUACAUAUGGAAAAUAAUAUUGCAAUUGAAAGUAGCAGGAAACAUGGAAUUAUAUAUAUUUUUAAAUAGUGCAUUCUGCAUUUCUGGACGUGAUGUUUGAUUGCUUCAGAAGGAGCUACCAUACCUUUACACUGAGAGAACAAGAGGUGGCAACAUUGAUGCAUCAUGCAUCAGGACCUAACCGGAAAGCGGGGGGGGCAGAGCUGCAGCCAGAAUAGUAAAGAUGGCAGCCGUGGCAGUGGCUGAGUUUCAGAGAGCACAGUCUCUGCUCGGAACGGACCGGAAUGCCUCUAUUGACAUCUUGCAUUCUAUCGUAAAGCGCGACGUGCAGGAGAGCGAUGAGGAGGCGGUGCGUGUGAAGGAGCAGAGCAUCCUGGAGCUCGGCGCGCUGCUCGCCAAGACCGGACAGGCUGCAGAGCUCGGGGGUCUUCUAAAGUAUGUGCGGCCCUUCCUCAACUCCAUCUCCAAGGCCAAGGCUGCGCGGCUUGUACGCAGUCUGCUGGACCUCUUCCUGGACAUGGAGGCGGCCACCGGCCAGGAGGUGGAGCUCUGUCUCGAGUGCAUCGAGUGGGCCAAGACGGAGAAGAGGAAGUUCCUGAGGCAGGCCUUGGAGACUCGACUCAUCUCCCUGUAUUUCGACACAAAGCGUUACCCGGAAGCUCUGCAGCUAGGCACCCAGUUGCUCCAGGAGCUGAAGAAGAUGGACGACAAAGCGCUGCUGGUGGAGGUGCAGCUGCUGGAGAGCAAGACCUACCACGCCCUGAGCAACCUGCCCAAGGCCCGCGCCGCCCUCACCUCCGCCCGCACCACAGCCAACGGCAUCUACUGCCAGCCCAAGCUGCAGGCCGCGCUCGACAUGCAGUCUGGGAUCAUCCAUGCGGCGGAGGAGAAGGACUGGAAGACGGCCUACUCCUACUUCUACGAGGCCUUCGAGGGCUACGACUCCAUCGACAGCCCCCGGGCCAUCACCUCGCUCAAGUACAUGCUGCUGUGCAAGAUCAUGCUCAACCUGCCAGAGGAGGUUCACUCUCUGAUUGGAGGAAAACUGGCACUCCGGCAUGCUGGCAGACAGACAGAGUCACUCAAAUGUGUAGCGCAGGCCAGCAAGAACAGAUCCCUGGCAGACUUUGAAAAGGCGCUGACAGAGUACAAGCGGGAGCUGAGGGACGACCCCAUCAUCAGCACCCACCUGGACACCCUCUACGACACCCUGCUGGAGCAGAACCUCAUCAGGGUCAUCGAGCCCUUCUCUAGGGUCCAGAUAGCACACAUUUCCACAUUAAUCAAACUCAGCAAGGGAGACGUAGAGAGGAAGCUGUCACAGAUGAUCUUGGAUGAGAAGUUCCACGGGAUCCUGGACCAGGGCGCGGGGGUGUUGAUCAUCUUCGACGAGCCGCUGGUGGACAAGACGUACGAGGCGGCGCUGGAGACCGUGCAGAACAUGAGCAAAGUGGUGGACUCCCUGUACAACAAGGCCAAGAAGCUGACAUAGGGAGGUGGAGGGCCCGCCCACUGUCUCCGGGGUCCAGAGGGACGGCGGCCGGUCGGAGCCAGCCGCCGCGACCUCUCAACCAACCCUGGGCCAGCAACGAGCGGAGGAGGCAAAACUAAACACGGCCAAUCAGACUCUGUAACCAACCCAGCCGGCCAGUGAAAUCAGAUGUGUGUGUGUGGGGGGGGGGCUCAUCGACCAAAAGGAAACAACCAAUGUGAUCACCCCCAACACCCCCCACCCCCUCAAAACUUGUUUCCAUCCUCCCCUCUUCUUCACGUCUGAUUGGUUAGCGCUGCUGCACAGGGCUCCCCCCAUGGACCAAUCCUGGCACUGCGCUCAUCUCUCUACCGACCACAGGUUGCCAAUCCACACUGUGGUAGCCUCUCCUUCCCCCUUACCUUUCUCCCUCUCUCUCUCUCGCUCUCGCUCUCGCUCUCUCUCUCUCUGUCUCGCUCUCUCUCUCGCUCUCUCU